AUGAAGACAUCAACUACCACACUGCUAUUCGUUGUCUUUGCUGCGUCUGUUGUAAGACCGGAGAAUAUUUCUCCGCGAGAUAUUGAAGCCCAGAAGCUCUGUGGAGACCUUAAGGUCAUGAAGAUGGAAGUCAACCAGCUCCCUACCGGCAUCUCUCCGGACAGCGUCCGGAUGUGCGAAGAGCACCCUCUCAAUCAGGAUGGCAUUGAUAUAUUGGACGGGGCAUCUCUAGCUCCCGCUGAUGUCAGUCAAAGCGGUGUCACGUCGGCUCUCCCACUCUAUUUUGGGGUAAAGCGGGCUUGUUAUUACGCUGCCCCUUAUGGCUGUACCAGGGGAUACUGCUGGAAGGCCUGUGAUGAUGACGGCAAAUGGUGCUGGACUGCUUCUCAGGGUGGAUACGGUGAUUGGGCAAAAUGUAAAACUUUUGAGGACUGCGGCUUAGAUGACGAUGAUUUUGGUUGCGGGAAACGUUGCCAACGUUGCGGCUGUGGUUGUUAA